AUGCUUCUUAUCGCUCCUGUAGGAGCAGGUGAAUCCGGACCUGAGGCAGAAGAACCCGCUCAAGCACGAGUAGGAGAAUCCGCUCUCGAAGUGAAAGUAGGAGAUGGCGUGGACAGAUGUAAAGAAGGGGAAGACAAGGAUCUGAACGUCUUAUUGGGAAGCGCUUUUCAUGACCGUUAUGGGCAUACUUGGAAUUGCAAUCGCAGUCACGCAGCAGAAGCUCACAAUCUGCUUCAAGAGGUCCUCGCAAACGGAUUCGAACCAGUUAACCAAGCCGAAAGCGUCAUAUCGCUGCGCAAUGAGAAAAAGGAUCAAAAAUCAGUUGACAAGGACUACGCUGAUUACCUAUCCCUUUACUGGCUUGAUCGUCUCAACGAGAUUCUUAGAAACGAGACGACAAAAAGGAAGACAUCGGUUUUUCCGGUACCUUUUGGGUGCGCGACCACGUUCACAGAUUCCGAUUAUGAAUACACGGAAGUUGAAGUAACCAUGGAUAGACUAAGGGCAGCUUGGCCCAGAGCAACUGAAGCAGAGCUAUUGAAGAUGUUCAAUGAGGCAAACAAACCCGUGAAUGAGAGCGAGUUGAGUUCCGGAGAAGAUUCGACCGAGGCCCAAUCGGGUCCGUCACGCCUUACUGUCUGCGUUUUGUUGUAA